AUGAAGACUAGCAACGCAAAAGAAUCAGGGUUUGAUUUUGAGGAGUUUUCACUUUCAAUGGGGAAUCAAGUUGAUAACAAGUUCACGUGGGUCAUUAAGAAUUUCUCUUCUUUGCAAUCUAAGAAAAUCUACUCGGAUGAAUUCUUGAUCGGUGGCUGCACAUGGCGUCUCAAAGCAUUUCCCAAGGGAAAUAAUUGCGCUAGUCAUUUGUCUUUGUAUCUAGUGGUUGCUAAUGCUGAAUAUUUGCAUUUUGGAUGGAGAAGACACGCAAAGAUUUUCUUAACUGUAGUAAAUCAGUUUUCAGAGGAACUCUCACAAGUGAAAGAAUUAGAACACUGGUUUGAUCAGAAGGAAUCGGACUGGGGUUAUAAACGCAUGAUUGAGAUUGGUAAACUUAAGUCCAAAAAUGGUGGGUUUUUGGUGAAUGGAGAAGUCAAGAUUGUUGUAGAGAUAGAUGUUCUUAGUGUUAUUGGCGAAUUAGAUGUGCCAGAGGAAACGCAGGAGGCAACCCCACCUCUGAAAAAGAAAAAGAUGAAUGAUGAUGGUGUUGUGACCAGUGAUUUGCUUAAGGAAACUCCAGCAGAUUCGGUGGAUGUCAAUGGGUUUCAAGUUCUACCUUCACAGUCUAUUAGUUGUCUCGUCUCACUUAUCGCAAUUCGCGGCAAAGGUUAA